AUGGUCGUCCGAGGUGAUGAUACGGACAUCCACGGCCGUCGCCAGACCUCCGAUAACGCCGACGCGCCAGCCACGCCAACCAAAUGCAAAGCGAAGCAGCCGUUCCCCGACGCCGCAUCACAUGAUGCCUCCGCCUACCAUUUGUCCAAUUAUGAGGACCUCCAAGCCAAUGGCAAGCGGCUCGAGCAAGUCAUGGACCGUAUCCAAAAGGACCACGCGGUUCCCAGAAGCCGCACAGCAGUGCGCUCCGCCAACUUGAACAGCGAGACCGGACUCACAAGUGAGAACCGUACACCGGCCAGCUGA